UUUCUAUGUGUUUGCUCUGUGUGCGUGUGCGUGUGCGUGUGCGUGUGCAAGAGUGAGGGGCAGCGGGUUGGUGCUGAUAAGGGCGACAGGGUGCGUGCAUUAUUAACGGGGUCCUUUUUGUAAACGUCAAUUCAAAGGAAUAGUAUUAUUCUUGUUGCACUCCUUUUGAGUUUCGAGCUGGAUUUGCUUUCUUUCUUUCGUGCUUCGUAGUUUCAGCAUUCUGUAACACUUGAAGAAAACAGCAACAACAACGACAAUGUCUUCUGGCUGUCAAAAGACGUUUAGCAGAGCGAUCCCUACCCGACGCGUUACCGUGGAGGACGCGUCGAAGGUGCCGCACGGGUACUGCACCACACCGGGAGGAACCGUGUUCAGUACCACCCCGGGAGGUACCCGGAUUAUUUACGAUCGGAAGUUCCUGAUGGAGUGUCGCAAUUCAGCCGUGGCCAGAACGCCUCCCCGCUACCUUCCCAGCAUUCCAGGAGUCACCAGCCCCAACUCCGGGGAGGACACGCCCCAAACCACCAGCCACGAAGCCAACCACGUGGACAAGACUGCUGCUGGUGACGAUUCCCUGUUUGAGAUGGAUAUUUAAGAUGCACCCAGGAAGGGGAUCCAAAGGAAAAUGAGAGAAGAAGAGAAUGAGGAGGAGGAGGAGGUCAAGUCUCAGGGGGGUGUUUUUUUAAAUGACGCGCCCCCGUUUAGGUGUUGUUGAUUGUUCCGUGUUCGUUCCCCAAGUUUGGGGUUCAUUUACUUCUACAGCUCCUGUGAACAAAACUAGUGUUUGGAUUGUGCUGACACGCGCUGAGAGGCGUUCUUCAGUGCAGAGCGGAGGCUGCAUGCUAACAAAGUGAGGUCACACUGGGGAGGAUGGCAUGACAACACGCAGGCUUGCCGUAGGCUUUUGUUAUUUUUUUUUAGGGGGAAUGUUGAUUAUGACAUCACAGUAGUGACCAAAGGCAACAUGAUAUCACGUAUGCAAAGCCCUUUGAUUUUCAGUUUUUGAAUUUAUUUUAAUUUUUUUUUAACAGGAGAAUGAUCUUGUUUUACUUGUUUCCUGACAUUUAGACCAGUCAAGCGUGUUAAAAGGGUUGAUUUAUACCCAGAAAUAUCUGUGACUUGGCAUUUGGCAGAUGUGUUUACACAGUCAAUACUUUAGUAUUGGUGAGAAGAAGAGAAAGGGUCUCUUGUAAAGGGUGAACCUGCUUGACUUCACUGGCCCUCACCAGCUCUGCUGGGAUCACACAGUUUUACCAUUCACAGCAUCCACUGGUAAAUCUGUUUUAUUUUUAUAUU